AUGGAGGCCGAUCUUGCAGGAGAUGGCGGUAAGAAGAGCUAUGCCGAGAGAGCGCGGAUAUUCAAGCUGCGAAGAAACCUGGACCAGCUGGACUCGUUCUACAGACAGAAGGAGUACGACGUCCUGAAAGCCAGGGAGGAGCUGAAGGCGUGUUGGCUGAACAUCGAGGAGCUGCAUAAGAAGAGGGACAAGGUGGAGAGGGACAUUGACCAGCAGAAAGAGGCUGACAAUGCUGCAGCACUCUUCCGCCUGCGGGCUCAGCACAAACGGCUGUGUGCGGAGCUGCUCGGGGAGGAAGAGCUGGAGACGCAUAUCGCCCAGACCUUGAAAGAGCACGAGCUGGAGCUGUGUCAGGUGGAGGUGGAACAAGGGCGCUUCUUCCACCUGCGACAGGAGGUGGAGCAGGAGGAGCAGAGCGUCCAGGCCCAGCUGGCCCGGAGAGCAGCCUGCAGACUUGAGAAGGAAGACGCUGUCGCCAGGGGCAUCCAGCUCAGGAGGCGCAUGGAGAGAAGGAAGCAGAUGACCCUUAUGAAGGAGGCGGAGGCUCGGCGUCGCAGGACAGAGGAGGAGGCACAGGCCAGCUAUCUGAGAGCCUCAGUGUACUUCAAGGAGACCAUGAACAGAAUUCGCCAGAAAGAGGCAGAAAAGGAGCUACAGAGUCGAGAGCUGAUGGAGAAGAGGAUGCAGGCGGUGUUGUCACUCAAGUCCAGCAUCGCAGCCACCCAGGAGAAGCUGCGUGUCCAGCAAGCGAGAGACAAGGCCUGCUUAUUGAGACAGAAGGAGGAGGAGAGGCAGGCAAAGGAGCUGCUGCGGGCAGAGGAGAGAAACAUGACAAAGUACAUGCGCCGGCAGAAACUGCUGCAGGAUUCCCAGAGAAGGAAGGAGGAGUUUGCAGAGAAACAGAAAUCCAAAAGGGUUAAAGUCAUCUCCAAGUUACUGCUGGAAGAGGCCUUACUUGAAAAACAGAAGAAACAUCAUCCUCUACCUUUCCCACCAGUUCCACCAGCCACUAAAAAGCCAACAGCGCUGGACAAGUCUACAGACACCUUACUGCAAUACCUAGAUGAAGAACCUUCACAAACCAAACAAGAAAGACUGAGACCUGAGUGGCGCACCCCCUCCCCUACGUCAGAUGAGGAGAGCCGUGGCAGCGAGGAGGACUCUCUGUUUGGCCGUGACUCAGUGGACCUCCCUGGGAAAGAGGAGGAAGAGGAGGAGGAAGAAAGCCUUGCACUGCCCGAAUUCACAGGCUUAUGGGACCAGAGGCACAAAGACUACCAGAAUCUCCAAGAUGAUGAGGUUUCCCUACCCAAAGCUGAGCAGGACGGGCUUGCUCUGAGAAUGGGCAAACACCUGGAUGCAAUGCUCAGGAGCAAAGCUGUACAUGGAAAGGAAUUCAAGGGAUGUCCUUUUGUCAGCAGACCAGAAUGCAUUACCUUCAAGGACUUUGAGGUGGGAAAGACAUAUAAGAAAAAGAUCACCCUGACCAAUGUCACAUACUCGACAAAUUACUGCAAACUGCUGGAUGUCAGUGAGCAUCUGAAAGAUUUCAUUUCUGUACACUUUGAGCCCCCUGGUCCGAUGUCUGCUGGAAUGGCCUGUGAUAUGACGACCACCUUUAAACCAAUGAUAAAUAAAGAUUUGGACGGAGAAGUACAGUUUUUGUCAUCAGCUGGACCAUUUGCUGUGCCUCUUAAAUGCACUAUCAAGAAAUGUGCUCUGGCGGUUGAUAGCAGCCUCAUUGAUUUUGGCACCCAUGUGGUGGGGCAGACAAUUUCACGGACAAUCACCCUAACCAACCAGGGAGCCCUGGGCACACACUUUAUCCUGGUUCCAUCCGUCUGCCCCAGCCCGCUGCAGCCUCUCUCCAAGCCGUCCCCCCAGGCUGCUCAGGGACCACAGGUCAGCAGCAGUUCAGAAGCUAUUUCAGAUGAGGCAGAGAGCCCCAUGCAACAUGGGUCAGGAAUCUCUAAAUCAGAAGAAGAGACUCAGGAGGUUUCAGCUGGUACAGAUUACCCCAGCACAGAGCACAAACUCUCCGGGAGCUCCUCUGUGAGGUGUCAGACUCCGGUCGCCCCUGAGAUGACAGGUCCGGAAGGUGCCGCAGAAGCCGAAUCCUCCCAGCCGAACGGAGAAGAGCUGCUGGAGCCAAGCCAGGAGGACGCUCAGGACUGCAAUGAUAUCAAAGCUGGAGAGGUGAGAGAGGGUGAAAUCGCCCCCUUCGGAAGUGUCAAGCUGCAGAUAGUGUUCACACCAAGCAUUCCAGGAGAGGCCAAGAUGGACUUCCACAUCAAAUUCUCUGACCCUGACUCUCAGCCGAUCCUUAUCACUGUGCGUGGGACGGGGGUCAGCGUUCCUGUAUGGGUCGAUCAACCGAACAUCGACCUAAAAAUCUGCAUGUAUGAUCGGCUCUAUCAAGACAGCAUUGUUGUACAAAGCAGGUCAAACAUAGCUCUCCGACUCACAUUUGAGGUGUGCAAGGAGCUGAGGAACCACAUGGAAGUUCUACCAAAAACUGGCUAUAUCCAGGCCCAGUCAAGCUUUCAGUCACAGCUCAAGUUCCUGCCCAGAUCUUCCUUGCCAGAGGAUGCAGAGAGAUUCUUUGACAGUGAAACAGGAGUCCUGGAAGUCCCAAUGUCAAUACAAGUGGCAGAUCAGGUCCGCCCUGUGCAGUUCACAGUCCAUGCCAUCAUUACGAACUCUGACCUGGAGUUUGACAGGACGGAGGUGGACUUCGGCCACUGCUCCAUUUUCGAGUCUGUGAAAACCAGUGUCCUCCUUACAAACCACUCUCUUCUCCCUCAGGACUUUGGCUUUUUGGGAAUCCCAGAGUUUGUUGAUAUCCAGCCCAACGAUGGCUUUGGCACACUCCUCCCACUGGAAACUCUGGAAAUUGAUCUUGUCUUCAGUGCCAAAAAGGCUGGAGAAUACACCUUUCAGCUCACCUGCAAGUCAGGAAUUAACAGAGACUUCAGUCUGUCAUGCCGAGCCGUGGGGGUGCACCCUCCUCUGGAGCUGUCCCGCUCGCUGGUGCGCUUCGGAGCCACGGCUGUGGGCGACACGGCCACCGCCGUGCUGCACGUGGUGAACUCCCACACCAGCCGAAACGAGUUCGCCCGUCCCGUGCCGCGCAUCGGCAAGGGCCCCAUCGCGACCGUGGGGCCCAGGCUGUUUGAGUUCGCGCCCCCGGAGAACGCCGAAAUAACUAUCACCCCCACCGCGGGGCGAGUCUUACCGGGAGAGAGAUGCCUCGUUCAGGUGUCCUUCAGGCCCACAGUAUCCCAGGAGGCAGUGAGGGAGGAGGCAGUGCGCCUGCUGUGUCAGGCGGAAGAGCUGAGAGUGAGAGAGCUGGAGAGGAGAGAAGCAGAGGGAGCUGGAAGAUCAGGCAAGCUUUCGUUGGCAUCUUGUAAUAAGAAGGACGCGCAGCUUGACCCCAAAAAAGGAAAGAGGCAGCAGUCCAGACGCUCCUCAGCCAAGCCACUUCUUAAAGACAAGGGCGGCAAAGCGUCCCUCACACCCAAAACCUCCAGCCCGUUCCAGCCCCCCAGCCCGGCAGACAUCCAGCCGGGUUCGGAUGAGUUUGCUGCAGGCAAGGCCUCCCUGUUGCGCUCUUUCACCGAGCGCUUCAGCAGAUACAUCAUCCCCUGCUUUGUGUCUGACGGUGACGCUCCUGACAACGGGCGGCCAGACGGCUCUCUGUACAGCCCACACAACACCCUGUACCUGGAGCUGCACUGUCCUGCCGUUAAGCCCGCCCUGGUGGUCAUCUCAAACAACGGCCACACGACCCUCAACUUCCACCAGGUGGCAGUAGGCCAGAAAGUCAUCCAGAAGGUCACAGUGCAGAACAUUUCGCGGGAAUCUCUUGUCCUGAAUUCUUCACUCCUAGACCAGAGUGGGCCUUUCAUGCUUCUUAACGCCCUCAGGCCUCUUGAACCUGGAGCCACACACACUAUCCUUCUGAGUUUCACUCCUAGCCAAAGCAAAAAGUACCGUGAGACCUUGGAUAUCCGAUGCACGAAGUUGACCCUGCGGCUCACUCUCUGGGGCGUCGGCGUGGACCCCGCCGUCGCCUGCUCACACGAAGGAAAGGUCAUGAGCUUCGGAUACGCGCUGGAGAAGGAGAGCGCUUCGCAGGUGUUUAAGCUGCAGAACACCUCCUCCCUGCAGGUGAGGUUCAGAGUUCACCUGGACAGCCUCUCUCUCACCAAGCACCAGGAACAGCAGGAGCUCCCAGCUUUCCUCACUCCAGGCGCUCUGCCAAAGUCUGCCGUGGGUACCCAGAACUACAGCGGGCUCAGCGUUUUUACUGUGAUGCCUAUAGAGGGCGCCAUACCUCCAGGGAAAACGCAGGACAUCACAGUGACGUUCCAGCCUGACCACGAGAGCCUCAACUACUCUGACAGGCUGACCGUGGAGCUCAUGAACAAGCAAACAGUGAGCGUGUUUGAGCUGAAGGGGGCGGCCCGUUCUCACAUCAUGUACCUGUGUGGCGGAGACCCGCUGGACGUGCCUGUCGAGUCCCUGGCCACUCUGUCCCGCAGCGACAGCCCGGAGUGUGCAGACUCGGAGAGGCCUCACCAGCCUGUCCUGCUCACGCUCAGAGCUGUAUACGGGGAGGAUGGAGUAAUCCCAGCCAUCCGCGAGCUGGAGGUGGGGUGCAUUCGCUGCUCCCAGCCUGUGGCCAAGAAGAACGUGGAGUUCAGCUGGGACAGCCUGCUAGCACUACAGCCGAGGGGCUUCAGCAUUGAGCCAGGCAAGGGAACUGUGGAGCCUGGAACUAGACGUACCAUCACUGUGACUUGGGCGCCCCCCAGUGGUUUGGAUCCGAACGAGGUGGUGCAUGCGACCGCGCAGCUUACCCUGCGAGGAGACGAGACGGAGGUGUACAGCGUCACCCUGCUGGCCACGGCCCUGAGAGCUCCGCAGCCGCACCGGCCUGCACCCGCUCGCCAGCAACACUCUGUAAGAUAA